ACGAAUGAGGAAAACGAUGGAGGCAACCAACAAUCACAGAAAGAAUUCAGCAUGUCGAAUUCCUUUUGCCUGUACAACAAAACAAUAAAUGUGCGCAUUAAAUAGCAUGGUGUUCUCAUGCUUCGAGCAUGGGAUAAUCUGGAAAGAUAAUCCAAGCAAAGAAAUAGAAACAAAACGUGCGCUUUAGCAACCAGUCGUGAAAAGGUAGAAGUCACGUGAUCGUCGAAGAAGCUACGAGCAGGUAUCCAAAUAAUUAUACAAAGUUUUUUCACUUAAAUUCUUCUGUAUUUGCUACAGAGUUUAUUUUGAUUUUCCAAUAGGAAAUAUAAACGCGGCUCCAACUGGAAUUAAAAACAAAGUCCUUUCUUUCAUCUCUGUUUGUGAAGGCGUAUCAUAAAAGCCACAGCACUGAGCCAAAAUUUCGACCUUAACUAAUCAUAUGAUUGAAUUGAGCUGAUUUUACUGACAAAAGUUGUCAGUCACUGACACAUUUUCGCAUAGUUUUUUUCGCUUUAAUUGCCAUGCUAUGCGGGAGGCCUUUAUAACUAGACACCUUUUCCUUCUUUUGUAUUUCCUUUCUCUCGGAAGCUCAAGUCAAAAUUCAAUCUUUUAGUUUAGUGAUAACAUAUAUAUUUUCUAAAAAUUGUGAUAUGAAUGCUGUGAAAAAUCACUUGAUUUUUUAAAAUUAACCAUCCAAUGCUCGACUUUUGGAAAAAGAAUUGUGCACAAACGAAUGACGUCACCACAGUCCAACCCCAAUCCCCCUCGACAAUAGAUAAAUCGCAGGGCUCCUCUACCCGUCUGCUACACGAACUCUCCCCCCGCCAUAGAAGAGAACCUACUAACCAGAAGGAAUUUGAAUAAUGCAAGAGGAGGAAGGAAAGAUCACAGCAAGACUUCAUAUGAUACUGUUUUGAGCAAACUGAAUCUUAUGGGCAAAUGAAUUUAGGUUUUUCCCCUAAUUGAAGACUAUAGAUUAAGACCAAUUGAGGUCAAGAGAAAACGACUGGAGGUAGGUUAAUAGCCCUUCAAACAAUGUCUUAAACACUUUAAAAAUAUGAAUUUAUUUCCUAACUCACUCUGACUUCAACGAUUCCAGUAUCAGCGCAUCACAAAAAGAAUAGAACCCGAAACGCGAAAAAACAAAAACGUUGCAUUAUUUUCUCUUCGUGUAUCAUAGUGACACAUGUAAAGAUUGAUACAUUAGCUGCCAACCCACCAAUAGAAUAUUCAGACGUGAGUCAAGAACACGACAGUUUCGGUCCCUUCACAAUCCCACGACACAAGAAAAGGACGAAAACAAACUUCAGAAGUUUCGACGUUUAGACAUUAUACACAAGUUAAAAGCUUGCUUUUACAAUAGCUCAAAGUGAAAUAAUAUGAACAUGACUAUAUAACUAACUCGUCUAUUAACCUUUUCAUUUUUACAUUCGAAAAUAGUAUUGUUUUUGACAAAACUGUGCAAAUAUUUUUCAUAAUUGCUUAAUUGUAUUUCGGUCGCCAUUAUUAAAAUUCGCUUCCGUUUGUUACUAAGGACUAUUUUGUUGCCCCUAAAUGCGCCUCAUUACUUACUGGAGCUACAAUAAUUAAUUGUCAAUAGAAUUAUGGGUGAUCAUUAAAUUUCUAGAAUGACAGUUUAAGACAUUCUUAUUGAAAAAGCCAAAUUGAAGUGCUAUUUCUUGAUAAAAAGAACUUAAAUAUUUUCAAUUUUUUAAUAACCGGAUAACAAAAUAAAUAUUUGUCUUCCGCAUAAACGCAAUAGGUUUAAUUUUGAAUGAAAGAUUGAGUUUCAGUUACGCAAAAAUGAAAUAGAUAUCAUGAAAUUUGGUAGACAUUCUCCUUUAUUGUGAGCCCUAUUUCCAAGUCUUGUAUCAGAUACAGACUUUUACCUUUGGCCAUUCUGGCAUAUGCAUCAGCAGGCUUAUCGCAUUUUACAACACUAAAGCCUUUUAUCGUAAAGAGCGUUUCCCUAAAACAAUGAUAAUAAUAAAAAUAUAAUUGGGUUGCGCACUCGUUGAAGAACCUCAUCAAAGACAAUGUGAAUUCGCUGUUUUUAUGCUCUCAACGCUGAAAGAUGCUUUAUUAACGCAUUUACAUCGCAGUAAAACAAUCUCAGACCCGGUGAUCCUGCGGCGUGACAUCCUUUUCCUGUGUGUGUGGGGGGGAGGGGGGGGGGGGGUGAUAGUGCAUGUGUGGGGAGCCAUUAAAUAUAUCUUCUUCGGAUGACAGGUGGGGUAGGGGUUGUGGCACAUACUUUUAUCUUUAAGAACAAAAAUUCAUUUUUCAUACACUCCCAGAACUUUCCACUACCUCAUUGUGGUGGGAAAAAUGGGAUAUCAACUUCUCCCUGAAUAUCGGUGCUCCCGGGAAAUCCCCCACCUUUUUGGCUUUCAACUAUCGCAAUUUAUCUAAUUUCUCAAUCUCUUUUUUCACUAGAUUUCUGCUAUCCCCUUUAAAUUUUACGUUUUUUCCACAAUUGAAAAUUUCUUUAAAGCAAAAAAAAAAAAAAAAAAAAAGAAAACUCGAAAUCGUUUAAAGGAUGUUAUAGUUAUACUGCAGCAAGUUCUACUGAAAUAGUCUCGAGUUGGCUAGAGUGCCACCCGACAAAACAUCCGGCAAAACAUCCUGAGAACACAAAAAUAGAUAACUCACCAUUUAAAUCUUUUGAUUACCCAAAAUUCCCUUCCCUCAAACCCAAAGGCAUCGAAUACCCUCAGGUCCAGGGAACCAUAAGAGCAUAUUCUACCCUAAAGUAACAGGGAGAUUAAUAGAGUGUUACUUGUGUCUUUUGGUCACCAUUUAGGCCUGACACUUAUAAUAAAUAUAUAUCCUUUUUUCAAUCACAACGAAAUAACGAAGGAGAGUUUAAAAAGAUUAAAAAUACGACAAGGUAUUUGAAAGGUUAUUAUUUUUUAUCGAACCAGCCUUAAGGCAAUUCACAGGCAAAUUAGAGCCGCGCUUAAAGAUGGACAUUCACUCAGAUCCGUCGAGUCUGCAAGCGGUGAUUGCUUUGAUUAGAAAAUGAACAGAAGAAAAAUGCAUAUUUCUUUGGGAUUAUGAGAUAAGCAUGUUUUGCCGGGGACUUAGAACAAAUUUAUUAAAGAGUCCUUUGAGUAAGCUUUACUCCGAAAAAACUGAUUACGAGGGAGUUUUUUUUAACGGAAAACGGCUAAGGUUAAGAUGAAUUUUAAUAAGCAAGUCAGAGUUAUACUUGCAGCGCCACUUUACAGCUCAAUAAUACAUUAAAAGCAUAGGAAAACUUCUGCUAUUUAUUUAUACUUUCAAGAACUACAUCUUAAGAUAUUUUAUUACAUUACAAAGUUGAAAAGUCAUCUUUAUUGAUAAAAAGCGUGAUUUAUUGUGGCGAUAUAUAUUGGCGUUCCUCGAACUUUUAUACUUAUUUGUAUUUUACCUUCUGUAUUCUAUCAGCUAGCUGUGCAUUGGCUUGUCAGAAGGGAAAUCUUUGGCUACUGAUAACAAAAAAACUUUAAGCACGACCACGGUGUGGGCGUGUUAUCGACUUGACCCUCGCCACAGCCACAUAAAAACACCACCCUUUAUAUUCAACUUUACCCUGCGUAGAAUAACUAUUAUAAAAUUGCUCAAAGCUGUGAGCUAUGAAAAUAUUAUGAAUAUAAUUCCGGUUUUGUUGAGCAAAAACUUGUUAGUAGCUCUCAUUGCCUUUAUCUCAGCUCCUAUUUGUACUCGCUAUCAGAAAGAGAUAACAUGGCGAAGUCACGAAAUGAGGUAGAAAGUUCAAGGCAAGCUUGUGGUACGAGUUGUGCCGAUGUGAACGGCUUGGGUUAUCACGACAUUUCGUUGCUAGGUAGGCGUUGUUAUUUGGGCGCAAAGCGGACAUCGAGGAAGAUAUAACAGACGUCAACUCACGAAAUGAGGCUAAGAACUGCCCAGCAACCUGGUGUGAUGGAGAGCGGGGAACUCAUCCUAAUUAUUCUCUACGCUCUCAUAGCAACCAUCGGUUUCCUAGGCAACCUGUUCGUCUGCUUUAUCAUUCUCCAGCACCGCCCAGUGCGCCGUCCAAUGAACUGGCUCUUUCUCAACCUGGCUAUAUCGGACAGUACCAUUCUCGUGUUUCUCGGCUUUAGGCAUAUUAUUACGCGCGCGGUGAGCCACCCUCAUGGUCCGACCGGUGACUACUUGUGCAAGUUCUUGACGGGUGGAAACAUCGCGUGGGUGGGCGCGGUCUCGUCCAUGUGCUCCCUGAUGUGCAUUGCCUUAGAAAGGUUCUUCAUGGUAUUCAAACCUACUCGUUAUCUCUCCCUGUUCCGCGUUGUUAUCGUCAAGAGAGUAAUUGGCCUCUCCUGGCUUUUCGGUUUACUUUUCAAUCUCCCGCUUUUCGUGGUCGCGCGAUUUGACGAAAAAAUCUCAUUCUGCUCAGAGACUUGGCCGACUUCGGUGGCUUCAAAGGUCUAUGCUACAAUAUGGCUGGCUGUAGUUGCGGUGAUUCCUGGAAUAUUCAUGGCGGUUUUGUAUUCGCAAAUCACAUACAAUUUGUGGAUCAAAAAGGCUCAACAGACCCUGCCGGACUCGCAGGGGGCGAUAUCGAGAGCGCGCAGGAAGAUCACGAAGAUCGUAGUGACUGUCAGUCUCAUCUACUGUAUAAGCUGGUUUCCGCCAUUAAUUGAUUACGUCAUGAUGGUAUUCGCGCCUGCGCAAAGGCACUUUGGGGAUACCCCACAUGUGGCAGCCGUGCUUAUGAUCGUUUUCAAUGCGUCCGUCAACCCACUCGUGUACACAUUCCAGAGCGAGACGUUUCGUAAGCAGAUCAAGGUGUCACUGUUUUGUCUGCGUGCCGAGAACACUGUCAAUCCCCUGGGGGAGGGGGAGCAUCUGCAAACAUGGGUUCCCCCGCUGCGCAAGGGGCAAGGACCGCUCUGCCCGGCGCCAGAGGAACGUGUGAAUGCUAUGUCCCGUACAGGAGUUGAUUAUAUGUUUCUAUGGCUGACGGGACCUUAAGUCACGGAUGAAGUACUGUGACGGGGUCAGGAGAGUCGUGGAUCAAUCCCUGAUUUAACUGCUAGUAUAUCGUGUGCUGUUCACAAUUGUCUGCAAGGAGUAGCAUUUUGUUGAUUAUAUGAUUGUGUCAACAUAGCUAUCCACAUGACCAUUGUAUUGGAAUCAUCGUCGUUAUUUUAUAUUGCAAACAAUAACAAAGGAAUGGCUGAGUAACACUCUGUAAUUUGGAGAACAGGAACGUCAAUCAUUGUGAUCUGUAACGUGUGGUGCUGGUCUGAUGAAGAGAACAAUUGACAUGUCAGCUCCUCUCUGAAUUAUUUCAAUGAAAUGACGCACAUGUGUUGGAAUGGUGAUUAUACAUCAGAAUAGCAUCGAGCUAGAGACUCCUGAGGAACUGAAAUGUAAAAUUACAUACUCUUUUAUGCACAAUAGACUGCAUUAUGUUAACCGCAUUUCAAGGAAAUGUUUCGGCCUCUUGCAAUGAAAUUUAGUGUGUGUAUGUGUAUGUGUGAAAAAAGGAGGGAGGGUUGGUGGUGGUUAUUACCAUUACUCGGCGUCUAGUUAUCUUUACUUGAAUUAUCGUCUUACCUUAGAAAGAUUUUUGGGCUGAAUAUUCAAGGGAAGUGCUCAUUCAGUCAUCUGUUUACCCUCGACGUACACUAUACUCCCUAGCAAGUUUGUCCAAGAUGAAGCACACUAUCCUCUGUGAGGGUGUAACUAGGAUCUAACGAGUCAUUCUGCUACAGGUAGUAGAAUGGGUGGAAUGGCCUUCAUUCCAUUCCGGAAUGGGAACGCGGGGAUAAACGAACGCGCGUUUUUUUCUAUUCUAAUAAUUCUCAUUCCGGAAUCACGAGUAAAAAAACGCGCCCUAAGUUCGUCUGAAAUUAGACAUAGAGCAAAGAAAGGCAUAAAGUAAAGCAAUAAUAAAAAUUAUACCAUUGCAAAA